UAUAUAAAGUGGAUUCUUGAAGAAAAUUAAAUUAAUAAAAAUAUGAAAAGGACACAUGUGACAUUAAUGAUUGGAAUAAUGAUUCUUGUAAUCGCAAUUGAAGUAUUAAUCAUCUACAGUAUAAUGAUCUACUCGGCGACAGCACAAAUUUCAUUAUCGUCUACUGCAUCCUUCGAAAAUCUCACGGCUAAAUCAUCAUCUACGGUAUCGACUUUACUAUCUGAAACAACCACUGUGGAUAAAAUAACAAUACCUGCAACGCAAUCUAAAAUACCGAAAAUACCGAAUAAAACGACAUAUUUUAAAAUGCUGUCAAUCCCGUCUAGAGCCCUGUUAACACAAUCUACAACGCAGAAAUAUAUAACGAACACGCAACUAUCAUCUGAGAUGGUAUCUUCAGAUGCUAAGGAAGUAACAAUGAAUACGAUAGAAACUACGCCAAUUAUGGUUACUACAAUAAUUCCGACAAUCACACUAACAAAUGGAGAGUCUGAAAUAUCGGCUGACAUCGCAUCAAUUAUUACAUCGAAAAUGACAAGCACGAUCACGGUGGAAACAGGUAGGACGACGAUUACAACAGUAAAAGAUACAAUAACAAAUACAAGUGCGAUUGAAACAACUUCAAUGAAAAAGUCAUCGACGACAACCUCGAUGCCUAAUCCAAAAUGUACUAAAACAAAUGCGACAAUAUGUUGUACGGAAUCUAUCGCUCUUGAAUUUGAUUACAUCGUUAGAGAUAUUGAAACCGGAAGAGCUUGCGUUCUUACUAACAUGAUGAUCCGAAUUAAUUUGCGAUACGCAAUGAAAGAUUCUCAGAUAGGCAAUGCUAUGUUGACGGUUCCAACAAACGCAAAGAUAACAGGAAUUUGUCAUGAGAAGAUAGCCAAGAUGACUCUAAGUUGGAAGGAACCUGUCGAGACUCAACUAGACAGUGACAAUAAGGAAAAUAGAAUCAUCUUUCAUUAUGCUCAUAAUGAAACGAAUUUCUUUCUCGAUUUCAUCUCUAUCGAUGUACAUUUAGAUGGCAAUAAUUUUCCACGAGCGCAAAAGAAAAGAAUGCAUGGAGACACAUCAGAUAGGCAUCUGCAAUUAUUUUCUGCUUCGAUAAAGUACGAAAUAUUUAUAUGCGAAGUAAAUACCAUAAUAAACAUUGGAGAUGAAAUAGAUGUUAUUAUCUCCGAUAUCCGUUUAAUUGCGUUUAACGAGUGCAUCCAGAAUUGCUCGAAAACAGAAAUCGAUUGCGUCGCUGAUUGUGAGACACGUGCUAAUAGCAAUGUGAUCGUUGGUUCAGUUCUUGGGAUUCUUAUGCUUAUCCUAAUUUUUCGCAAAUGGCGACGCAGAAUUUCGAAGAAGAAAGAUUCAGAAAAACUUCAACAUACUGCAAAUAAGUUUUUGUCUUGCGAAAAAAUAGUUAUAAAAAAAUGGAAUUUUUCCAAAGAAAAUAAAUAA